AUGUACUUCCUCGACUACUACUGCGACAUGUUCGACUACGUCAUCAGCAGAAGAGAACGCACAAGACAAGUCAUCAACUACUUGGAAGAACAACGAAGAGCUCACCUCAUGGACUCCACGUCCAUCAACAACGAGUGGCAAGGCUACCUCACCCGCGAGACAAACAUCCUGCGCAAAAGACGCCUCAAACCAAAGAACAAAGACUUCGAAAUGAUCACCCAGGUCGGCCAAGGUGGCUACGGACAAGUGUACUUGGCCCGCAAAAAGGACACCAAAGAGAUCUGCGCCCUCAAGAUCUUGAACAAGAAACUGCUCAUGAAACUCGAGGGCACGGACCAUGUGCUCACAGAACGUGACAUCUUGACCACCACCAGGUCCGAGUGGUUGGUCAAGCUCUUGUACGCGUUCCAGGACCCGCAAAGCCUCUAUUUGGCGAUGGAAUUCGUCCCCGGAGGUGACUUCCGUACGCUGCUGAUCAACACCCGGUUUCUCCAGGCGCCACACGCCCGCUUCUACAUCAGUGAGAUGUUCUGCGCCGUCAAUGCCUUGCACCAGCUCGGGUACACGCACCGUGACCUCAAACCGGAAAACUUCCUCAUCGACUCAAAGGGACACAUCAAGCUAACAGACUUCGGGCUCGCCUCAGGUACAGUGUCCAUGGAACGUAUAGAGAGUAUGAAGAUCAGGCUGCAAGAGGUCAAGAACCUCGAGUUCCCAGAGUUCACCGAGCGCUCGAUGGACGACAGAAGACGCAUGUACCACAAGCUAAGAGAACAAGAAGUGAAAUAUGCCCACUCCACCGUGGGGUCCCCAGACUACAUGGCCCUCGAAGUGCUCGAGGCGAAAAACUACGACUUCACCGUCGACUACUGGUCCCUAGGUUGCAUCUUGUUCGAGUCCCUGGUCGGAUACACCCCAUUCAGCGGGAACACAACAAACGAAACCUACGAGAACUUGAGAAACUGGAAACAGGUUUUGCAACGGCCCAAGUGCGACAACGGACGCUACGCAUUCUCAGACAGAACCUGGGAACUCAUCACAAGACUCAUCGCAGACCCCAUCAACAGGCUGAAAUCCUUCGAACACGUCAAGAGAAUGCGCUACUUCUCCGAAAUCGAUUUCGCAACGCUAAGAACGGUCCAUCCGCCUUUCAUACCCCAGCUAGAUAACGAGGAAGAUGUCGGGUACUUCGACGACUUCUCCAACGAGGAACACAUGGCCCGCUACGCUGACGUUUUCAAGAGACAGGACCGGCUCACCGCAAUGGUCGACGACUCGAUGUCAGAUUCGAAGUUGGUCGGAUUCACCUUCAGACACAGAAACGGCAAGAACGGUUCAAGCGGUGUUCUUUACGGCGGAGUCGAACACAGCGACCCGUUCGCAACCUUCUACUAG